CCUGCCCUUCAAUGUGGGACUAUGAGAACCAGGAAGAACACUGUGAUUAGAACCCUAGAUUUCAAUGCAUGAUGUGGAAGCAUGUUUUUGAUAUCUAGAGGGUCCGACCUAAAUAAUCGCCAUUAUCUCUCUACUCUAAUUCUCCGUUCGAGUUCCAGUCGGCCGUGAUCCUUACCCCAAUACACGACGACAGAGAAUUCAUUCGCAGAGUUCACAGUAGCGGCUUCCAAGUCAAAGACUAGACUCCUGCAAUUAAUUUAUCCAAUCUCUUUCGCGUUUUUAUAUGUGUAUAGAUUUCUAAGCAGACGGUGGAGAGAAUCUAGUUCUUUCUUGCAUUCAAGUGUUGUAAGAACUGGGGUUGCUAGAGUGAAAAUUUCUGUCACCAUGCAAACCGUCGAAAAAGAGGACAAUGUCUUCCUCAACCGUGCUUCUCGAUCAACCAGAGGGAAAAGGAUGACCAAGAUUCUUAAUGAGGAGAUUGAGGAGGACGAAUUGUUCUGGAACCAAGAGGCUCUGAAAGAGGAAGAAGUUGAUGAUAACUAUGAAGAAGGGCCUGAAGUGGCUGAUGUCUUCGACAGUGACUUUGAUGAUGAUGAACCUGAGCCGGAAGAAGAGCUUGAAAAGGAAGUUGAUGAUAGCAUGAAGCGAAAGAAGAAAUUAGUAUAUCCUGGGAAACAACCAGCAAAGAAGAAAAAGAAGGUUCUUUCAGAAUUAGAGCAGAUCCCCCAGGAUGAAAGAUCUCCGCAUGAUUCAACUGCAGGAGAACCUCAGGAUGUUCCAGAAGAUGUUGAAGUGGAGCGAACUCUGAGAAAGUCCACAAGAACUUCUGUUGUUGUUCGUCAAGCUGAAAGAGAUGCUAUACGAGCAUCUUUGCAGCUAACAAUGAAGCCAAUAAAAAAGAAAAAAGAAGGUGAAGAAAAGAAGAUAACACAAGAAGAGAUGCUUUUGGAAGCAGCUCAAACAGAAAUCAUGAAUUUGAGAAACCUUGAACGAGUAUUAGCAAGGGAGGAAGAAGUUAAGAAGAGAGCUGUUGUAAAUAAAGCAGUUUAUAGCGGUCCUCAGAUACGAUAUAUCUCUACAAAUGGUGAUGUAUUUUUGGAAUUCACUGGAGUAUCAUUUCACAAGGAGAUUGCCACUGCUUCCCCCUCGAUACCAGAGAAGGCUAUAUGUGUGGUUACAGGAUUGCCGGCAAAAUACCGUGAUCCUAAAACAGGGCUACCUUAUGCAACAAAAGAAGCAUUUCAAAUUAUUAGGAAGAGGCUUUCAGAUGAAACUAAGCCCGGAGAGAAAACAGGUAUAGGUGGUUUAUCUGAUUGUCUUUCUGAACAAGGAUUUUCUCGGAAGCAGAAGAGAUCAGCUGGUAAAGAACGGAGCGAUACAACACAUCCCCACUCUUUUGUUCGUUCAUAUAGAUUCCCACCUUUUGAAAAAAACGUUGACUCAGACUAGACUGUUACUUUUUUUUUUGUAAGUAGUAAGGUUAGUUCUUUUCUUUAUGAGGGUGAUUUGAUUUGAUGACUUAAUUAUAGAUUUGUGCCUUGAUUUGGUUGUCUUUAUUUCUAUAAUAAGGUUAGUUAUCUACUUUUGACAAA